UUGGAGUAAUAUUCACGGUUAGUUAUCUGCUGACCGUGAGAAGGCAUACAUCGCGUCUACUGUUAUUCAAUAUUAUCGCUCUGUUCAGAUAUCAAGAAAAACGCUAGUAAACAGCUAAAAAUGUUGUGUUCUUGUGGCGUGGCAAUAAUCGCCAUUAUCUACAUCCUAUUUGAUGUGAACUACUUUGUGAGAAUUAUCGGCACCGUCUUGUGGGGCAGACUCUUCCAGAAAAAAAAGAAGCUCUUUGACACGACAACAAUUUAUGGUAUCUGCAGUACUCAGGAUGUCGAUCUGGUUCUCAAACACAUGAAUAAUGCGAGGUACCUGCGCGAGUUAGAUUUUGCACGUUUCCAUUUUUAUGAUAGAUCAGGAAUUUAUGCAGCGAUCCAAAAAAGAAAAGGCGGUGCUGUUCAAGGUGCAUGCACUAUACGAUAUCGCCGUGCAAUUCCUAUAUUUACGCUGUACAAGAUUACAACAAAGCUUAUCUACUGGGAAGAUAAACACUUUUAUGUGGAGCAGCAAUUCAUCAACCUCACGAAUAAUUUUAUUCAUGCCGUUGUAUUAAGUAGACAAACUGUAACUGGAUUGAAAGUACCAAUAGACGAUUUAAUCGCUGAAAUAGAACCGGAAACACGUAAGCCAGAGCCCACCAAAGAACUUCAGCUAUGGCUGGAAUCUAUGGAAGAGUCGUCUAAAAAUCUUAGAAAACAAAAAUGAUAAAACAAAUAGAUAUAACAUUUACCGUUUCUUAAUAUUUUUAAAAUAUGUUAUUUAUUUUUCUCUUAGAACGGUUUGCAUUUUGAUUUAUUUCUCGUUACGUUGUUAAUGUAUAGACACUCUCAAGGCGUGUGUGGUAUUUUAUAAUUAUAAAUAGAGUCUCUCUUUUUCAUAAUGUGUAUAGCUAAUUUCUAAAACUCGUUUUUACAUCUAAGUAUCAGGAAUGUGUAAAUUAAAUGUGUAGUGCAGAUUUUCUUGUUAUUGACAUAUAAUGUUGACUACAAAUGUAAAAUUUUUAAAUUAAAAUAUUAGAUUUAUACGCGUGCGUUUCAUUGAUCUAUGCAAUUGAUGAGGACAAUAAUGAAGAUUUUAUUAAAUAUUGCUAAAAAUAUUUCUUGCGUGUGUGUAAUUUUUGCAAAAGAUUUACAUUGUACAAUUAUACAUAUGUAAUUAAUUUACACCACUACGAAGUGUUUGUAACGAAUAUAAACAAUUUAUACGCAUUUAAACUAAAAAGUUUGUUAGCAUUUUUCGUGACGUAAGAUUUUAAUAUUUCGCACAGUUUAGAAUGCAAUAUUUAAAAUAGAAUUCAUCACACGUAACACUUCAUUUUUUCGAAAUAAUAUUUUGCUGAUACUCGUUCAAAGUAAUAAACUUGUGUAUUGCUUUGAUCGAUUUUUUGUAAUUAACACAUUGUGAAUAUUAAUUCCUUACGUCACUCUUGUCAUCUCACAAAACGUUUGAGCAACCGUCAGAUGGCGAUCCUGGUACUGGCUUUGAAGAGCGAAAAACGGAUGUUUCUGCGAGCUGGUAUCGCGCGCGCAGUCGAUCCGUGAACUCGAAAGCUGCCGCGAUCCGACCUUUGAUUGCGCUUUCCAUAAACUUUUGUGAACCAUUCGAUGACGAAGCGCUCGCGAUAGUUCUGCAAAGAAUAAUACGAAUGAGCCUCCUCGUCCUGCCUGUGAGUGAUCAGUGAGCUAUUUGCUUGUUUUUGCGAAAAGUUUCUAUUUCAUAUUUAAUCAUUUCGCUCGUCAUUAAGCGCGCAAUUUUUGCAAAUUUUAUGUAGAUUUAUUUAAAUUUGUUCUAAGUCAUGUACACGAGAGUUUAUCUCAUGUCUUAUUUUAGAGACAUUUAGAGAGAGUCAUUUAAAUAUGAACGAUUGGUUUUACGAAAAUGAAUUUAUAAUGAUGUUAAGAUAUGUAAUGAAGAUAUGUAAUUGUCAUUAAAAUUUGCCAAUAAUUUGCAUUAUGAUACAAAGAGGGAAGAUAUUUUAAAAUAAUACAUGUGCGAUAAUAAACGAUUAAGAAACUUUUA